CCCCUCCUCUUCCUCCCUGCAGCCUGUUCAGUUCCACACGAGGCUUCUACCCAUCUCUGUACCAGCACUUCGCACCGUCAAAUCGCCAGACUUCAUCGCGGAUUCCAGCCAGCAGAACUUGUCUAAAAACGUGUAAUAUGUCCUCGGUGCUGCAGAAGCUGAUCACACCUCUGGCCAGCAGCCCUGCUGAGCCUCCCAGGAACAAGGUGACGGUGGUAGGUGUGGGCCAGGUGGGCAUGGCUUGCGCCAUCAGCAUCCUGCUUCGGGACCUGUGUGAUGAGCUGGCUCUGGUGGAUGUGAUGGAGGAUCGUCUCAAGGGAGAGAUGAUGGAUUUACAGCAUGGCAGCCUUUUUCUCAAGACCUCCAAGAUAGUGGCUGACAAAGACUAUGUAGUGACAGCCAACUCGCGCCUGGUUGUGGUGACGGCAGGUGUUCGCCAGCAGGAGGGUGAGAGCCGCCUCAACCUGGUGCAGAGGAAUGUCAACGUCUUCAAGGUUAUCAUCCCUCAGAUUGUCAAGUACAGCCCCAACUGCACUCUCAUUGUGGUCUCCAACCCUGUUGAUGUGUUAACCUAUGUGACCUGGAAGCUGAGCGGGCUACCUAAGCACCGGGUCAUUGGCAGCGGCACCAACCUGGACUCAGCCCGCUUCCGCUACCUGAUGUCCGAACGCCUCGGCAUCCAUGCCAGCUCCUUUAAUGGCUGGGUGCUGGGAGAGCAUGGAGACACCAGUGUGCCAGUGUGGAGCGGCGCUAACGUGGCAGGAGUCAACUUUCAGAGCCUGAACCCGGACAUUGGCACUGAUGGGGAUAAGGAACAGUGGGCGGCCACACACAAGGCUGUAGUAGAUAGUGCCUAUGAAGUGAUCAAGCUGAAGGGCUACACUAACUGGGCCAUUGGACUAAGCGUGGCUGACCUGAUUGAGAGCAUCGUCAAGAACAUGAGCCGGGUCCAUCCGGUCUCUACCAUGGUCAAGGACAUGUAUGGUAUUGGUGAGGAGGUCUUCCUGUCUCUGCCAUGCGUACUCAACAGCACCGGUGUGAGCAGCGUGGUCAACAUGACCCUGACGAAUGCGGAGGUUAGCCAGCUGAGGAAGAGCGGCGACACACUGUGGGGGAUCCAGAAGGACCUCAAGGACAUCUAAACACAUAGGCAGACAACUCAUCCAGCACAUGCUGUUCCCUGCAGGAAAGCACUCAGAGAAAGACCGUUCAAAGCCACAACGGUCAUUUUUAAGUGUUAGACCACACGGUGCAGUCUGAGGUUCUUCAUUGUUUGCAAAAGGGAGAGGGAACGUACAGUUUCAGAUGUUUUUGUCCAACCACACGUUGUGUGUAACCUAAUAAAGUUGAUCCUUGUGGUGAUUAA